GCGUGACUCAGCGUUUUCUCCGACCGGAUUGAUUGAGGCGCUUUGUUCCGAGUGCAGGAAGCCAGAAUCGUCCGCUGUCGCCUUUCGACCGGUUGGGGUUCCGACAUGCCUGGCAAAUACACCAUCUCCUACUUCGAUCUUCGCGCGCGUGCAGAGGCCAUGCGCUUGCUGCUGGCUGAUCAGGGGCAGGAGUGGACAGAGGAUGUGGUGACUGGAGAGAUCUGGCAGAAGGGAGAUCUCAAGAAAUCAUGUGUCUUUGGCCAAGUGCCCCGACUUAAGGACGGAGAUUUUUUACUGUACCAGUCAAACGCUAUCCUGCGCUACCUGGCUAGGAAACACGGACUCUAUAGUCAGGAUCCACAGGAAGCAGGGCUGCAGGACAUGGUGAAUGAUGGAGUGGAGGACCUGCGGCUGAAAUACAUCCGCCUCAUCUAUCAGAACUAUGAGGAAGGCAAAGCUGCCUAUAUUGAGGCCCUGCCAGGGGAGCUGCGCCCUUUUGAGAAUCUUCUGGCUCGGAACAAUGGAGGAAAAGCCUUCAUUGCAGGCAAACAGAUCUCCUUUGCAGACUAUAACCUGCUUGAUAUUCUACAUGUGCAUCUGGUCCUGGCACCUGACUGCCUGGCUUCCUUGCCCUUGCUGGCUGGCUAUGUGCAGCGGCUCAAUGCCCGGCCACUCCUCAAGGCUUACCUGGAGUCGGAUGCCCGAAAGCAGCGUCCCAUCAACGCGAAUGGCAAGCAGUAAGACCCAUUCCUGCUCCAGGAUCCAGUUUUUGUGAUGGCCCCUGGGGUCUUUGUGGAUUCUUCCACUCUGAUACUAAUAAAGCUAGUUUCUAGAA